GGUUUUGGUGUCUAUUUUCACUCCUGCAAACAUAGGAAUUCCAAGCGUAACCUUUACCAAAGUAAGUUAGACCUGAACUCGCACUUCCAGCGAUGAUGCAAUUUGGCCUCUCCGGGCCACCGUCGCCGAGCAUGCGCAAAUAGACGUGGCGGGACGUAUGUGUCAUGGCGAGCUCCAUCUGAAGCGUUUCCCGUAUCCGCAGAACGGCGUGUGGUUCUCUCACUUCGGACUGACUUUCCAGAGGAGUUGAGACUAAUUGCAGAUAAUCAAGUAGAGAAGAUGCCUUCUGCAUCCUGCGACACACUCCUGGACGACAUAGAAGAUAUUGUGUCACAGGGAGAUUUAAAGCCACAAGAUAGGCAUUCUGCGCGAAAGCACGUUGUUCCAAAGGCACGAAAGAGAAACACCCAAAAAUAUUUGCAAGAGGAAAACAGUCCACCAAGUGACAGCACUAUUCCAGGCAUACAGAAAAUUUGGAUGCGAACAUGGGGUUGUUCUCAUAAUAAUUCGGAUGGAGAAUAUAUGGCUGGACAACUAGCUGCUUAUGGAUAUGAAAUUACAGGUUUUACAGAGUUCUUCAUUGACUGUAGAAUUGUAUUGCUUUAUUUGAAGCAUUGGCGAGGUGUUACAGGGAAGCAGGUUGAGUGUACAUGUUUGCUUCAUCUUCAGAAGAGAAAGUUCCUGGAGAAGACCUACCCUUUCUGGAAUUGUUUCUGUUUGACCCAUCCUAUGCAAACUUACUCACUCAUGCAAACACUGGGUGCUUUAUACAAAUAUUGCCACCUGUAUUUUUUAUUUGUGUUUCUCAGAGGAGUUUUUGAAAAUGCAUCAGACGCCGAUUUAUGGCUCCUGAAUAGUUGUACCGUUAAAAACCCAGCUGAAGACCACUUUAGAAACUCAAUUAAAAAAGCUCAAGAGGAGAACAAGAAGAUAGUGCUUGCUGGCUGUGUUCCUCAAGCCCAGCCUCGGCAGGACUACCUUAAAGGACUGAGUAUCAUAGGGGUUCAACAGAUAGACCGAGUGGUAGAAGUUGUGGAGGAAACAAUUAAAGGUCACUCUGUGAGACUGCUGGGUCAGAAAAAGGAUAAUGGAAAGCGCUUGGGUGGAGCGCGAUUGGAUUUGCCAAAGAUCAGGAAGAAUCCACUGAUAGAAAUCAUUUCCAUCAAUACUGGGUGUCUCAAUGCUUGUACCUACUGCAAAACUAAACACGCCAGAGGAAAUUUGGCCAGUUACCCAAUUGAUGAACUGGUAGAAAGAGCCAGACAGUCUUUUCAAGAGGGUGUUUGUGAGAUAUGGUUGACCAGUGAAGACACAGGGGCUUACGGCAGGGACAUUGGCACCAAUCUCCCCGCACUGCUGUGGCAACUGGUUGAAGUGAUUCCUGAGGGAGCAAUGCUGAGGCUUGGCAUGACAAAUCCACCCUAUAUUUUAGAGCAUCUGGAGGAAAUGGCAAAAAUCCUUAAUCAUCCCCGAGUCUAUGCCUUUCUGCACAUCCCGGUCCAGUCUGCCUCUGACACUGUCCUCAUGGAAAUGAAACGAGAAUACUGCGUGGCUGACUUCAAAAGAGUAGUGGAUUUUCUGAAAGAGAAAGUUCCUGGAAUAACUCUUGCUACAGAUAUUAUCUGUGGUUUUCCUGGAGAAACAGAUCAAGAUUUUCAAGAAACAGUGAAGCUUGUGGAAGAGUACAAAUUUCCAAGCCUCUUUAUUAACCAGUUUUACCCAAGACCAGGAACUCCUGCUGCAAAAAUCCCACAGGUUCCAGCACAAGUGGAGUGGGAUUCAGAUGACACUGGGGAAAAAUAAUAAUCUGGUAGCACCUGUGUUGCUAAGAGAAAUCUUGGAUAUUUGAAAAGAAGGCAACAUUUAGACAUCUGUGAGCAAAAGAAGCUUCAUGUUUAGCUGAGUUCUGUAAUUUGUUACUUACUGGGGGCCCCACGUCUUCCCUUCUUUUCCAUGGAACAGAUUUGAUGUUUGCCAUCCAUCUGUCUAUUUCAGAUUUGUGUUGCUUUUACACAAAUGAACCUCAACUUAAUUUCAUCCUUACAUGUUCAGAAAUGUAUUAGAAUAAGAUAAUUUAAGAUGAAUGUGAAAAAGUUUGAGAUCCAGUAAAGGCAACCUGUUUUCCAGAAUGCCUCAGAAAUUAAUGUUCUUAAAGAUUUGUUGGCUAAAGAUGAAAAAAUGUUAAUAAGCUUUAAGAGGAAGUCAUAUGUUUUUAACUGAAAUUUUUGUUUUGUUUCAAAUAACUAAAAGAAAUUAUGCUCUACCAUUAAUUUUCCUCAAAGCUUACAUGAAUAAAUACUAAAAGGAAUAACCCAGAGCUUGUUAUUUUUUUCUAUUAUGCCAUAUGUGAAUAUCAAACAUAAAACAUACAGAUUUUUUAUUUCAACAUUUGGUUGAAAAACCAAAUAUAUUUUUUAUUUGUAUAUAUAGAUAGAUAUAAUAUAUUUUAAAGUCUGUUUUCCCCAAUAAAACUGAAGUGAAUAUCAUUCUUUGUUUUCUCAAAAAUUUUGACAUUUUUACUUGACGAGUUUCUGUGUAUACAAAGUAAGAAAACAUUUCACAGGUAGACUGUUUAAUUUUAUUUCUUAUUUAAUCCAUGAAGAAAGCAGAUUAUCGCACCAUGGGCAGUCAACUUUUCACAAACAUAGAAAUAAGUCAAAUUAAUUCCUUAUUUUUAUAUCUAAAUUAUAAUUGCUUUUUUUUUUUUUAAAGAUUUUAUUUAUUUGAGAGAGAGAGCAUGAGAGGGGGAGGGUCAGAGGGAGAAGCAGACUCCCUGCAGAGCAGGGAGCCGGAUGCGGGACUCGAUCCAGGGACUCCAGGAUCAGGACCUGAGCCAAAGGCAGUCGCUUAACCAACUGAGCCACCCAGGCGCCCUAAAUUAUAAUUGCUUUUAUUGCAUAUGGCAAAAUUCCCUUUUUUUGGUCUGCAGUUCUUCGAAUUUUGGCAAAUGCACCCACUAGUGUAACUGCUCCCACAGUUGAGGGCUGGAAUGGUUCCAACAGCUCUCCAGAAUGUCCUUUUUACUUUCUUGUAGCUCCUUCCUCCCUCCCUCCCCACGUCCUGGAAACUACUGAUCUCUUGUCCUUAGAGUUCAGUCCAUUCUUACUUAAACUUUACUUCUUUAAUAAGAAAGGUUUUUGAUUUGUAACAUACCCACAGAAACAUGUACAGCUGUACAUGUACAUUUUUCUAAAGUGAAUGCUCCCGUGUCCCCCCUGCACCACCCCCCCCCCCCCGGGGAAAAGGAAGAAACAGAACGUUACCAGUAGCCCAGAGCUCCCCAUCCUGCCCUUCCCAUUCCCUACCAGAAACCACUAUCCCUUAUGUUAACCCCAGACCUUCAUUUGCCCUGUUGUUAAACUUGAUAUAAAUGGAAGAAUUCAUGAGUGUUUGAAUGUCUGGCUUUUUGUGUGUUUAAUGUGGUAAUUCUUUUUAUUGUCCUUGUGUUUCAGUAAAAUUAAUAUUUGCCACACAGUUCUUGCCUGAAGUCUUAAGUUCACUGUUCAGGGUUAACAAGAAAUGGC